UCCAUUUCUAUAGCAAAACUUGUAGACUGAAACCAUGGGAAAGGGAGGUCAGCAACCUAACCCUCUAUCCAUUGUCAAUCUCAAGCUCCGAUUCUCCUUCUUCGACUCAUCAAUUUCCAAGCCUCUUUUCAUCACUUUGCUAGCUCUAACCCUCAUCCUCCUCAUUUCAAAUCUACAACCUUAUCAUGAAACCACUUCCAGCUUAUCAGAAAACAAGCUCAUUUCUACACAAAAUCAAGAUCACCCCCACAUAAGAUCAUUCACAUCAUACGGAAACGCCGCCGCCCUUUUCGUCCAUAUGGGUGCUUACCGUGGCGGUCCCAUGACAUUCUCCAUUGUCGGUCUUGCCUCAAAGCCACUACAUGUCUUCGGCCGGCCCUGGUACAAAUGUGAGUGGAUAUCCAAUUACAAUAAUGGAACAACUCGCUCUAUCAAAUCUAAAGCAUACAAGAUACUUCCUGACUGGGGCUACGGACGCGUCUACACAACAGUCGUCGUCAAUUGUACCUUCACUGAAAAUCCCAACGCCGACAAUUUAGGUGGCAACCUUUUUCUCUACGCUUACUAUACUGAAUCGACAAAACGGUACGAGAAGAUUCCGGUCUUGGAAGAAACGCCGGGGUCCUAUGAUGAGUCCAGAUUCAAUCCUCCUUACAUGUAUGAUUACAUUUAUUGUGGCUCACCGCUCUAUGGAAAUCUUAAUGCGGCGAGGAUAAAAGAGUGGAUGGCUUAUCAUGUUUGGUUCUUCGGACCGAAAUCUCAUUUCGUUCUUCACAACGCCGGUGGCAUAACUCCGGAGGUCAAAGCAGUGCUGGAGCCGUGGGUGAAGGCGGGUAGGGUGACUGUACAGGACAUAAGAGAUCAGGCUGAGUACGAUGGUUACUACUACAAUCAGUUUCUAAUUGUAAAUGAUUGCCUUCAUCGAUACCGGCACGAUGCUAAUUGGACAUUUUACUUCGACGUUGACGAAUACAUCUAUCUGCCCGAUGGGAACACUCUUGAAUCAGUCCUCACAGAUUUCUCUAACAAUACCCAGUUCACAAUUGAGCAGAAUGCCAUGUCUACUAUGCUCUGCUUAAACGAUUCAAAUCACGAUUACUCGAGGGACUGGGGAUUUGAGAAGUUGCUGUUUAGGGACCAAAGAACGAAGAUUAGAAGAGACAGGAAAUAUGCGAUUCAGGCGAAGAAUGCUUUUGCGACAGGGAUACAUAUGUCAGAGAAUGUGGUCGGCGGGACACUACAUCAGACGGAGACGAAGAUACGGUACUAUCAUUACCACAAUUCGAUCACCGUUCAUGAAGAGCUUUGUCGGGAAUGGGUUACUCUUGAGGACCAGAAUGUUACCUGGUUCGACAGCCUUCCUUAUGUCUACGAUGACAAUAUGAAGAAACUGGCCUCGAUGAUUAGACAAUUUGAGCACGAUUACUUUCAGAAUUCCUCAUCCGGGUUGUUUUCUUCUGCCAUGGCGGUGUCUCAACAUUAAUUGAGUAUUAUAGAUUAGGAGUUAUUUUUUGCAGCAAAAUAUAGUGUUUAAUUUUCUUAUAUAUAUAAUAUUUUUUGGUUCUCUUUUUUAUUUA